AUGGAGAAGCUGAAUACCGCCGAUGGACAGCUCUUCAUCAAGAACCUUGCCAGUUUCGUACGAACCCAUGAGAAGGCGCUUGCCAAUGCACUACAGCUGAAACGCCAACCUACAAAAAAUGGGCUCUCGACAAAUUCGGGCUCGACCUCGGGCUCGACCUCCUCAACUCUAGCGGCAGCCUUGUCAUUCGGGGCGCUGAAAUUCACCUCCCAGAGUGUCAAGACCGCCAAACUUACCCUCACCCCUCAUCACCUCUUUUACCUACUCUCCCGCUUCGAAGAAGUUCCCAUUGCAGUGGGCCCCAUGAAUGUGAGACUGGAGAAUAUUCAUACAGACGCGUCGCAGUCAUAUGUGUCAUUCCUGAAUAAGCCUCAAAGGUCCAAAAGUGACAGAGACUCGAUUCACUCGGUGUCUAGUGUCCGUAGUGUCAUGUCUGGUAUGAGUACUCUCUGGUCUUCGUUCGGACUGGGGUCCACUUAUUCUUACUCCAAGUCGGAGAAAGCCAAGGCUGCCUUAGAAGCGGAUAUUAAAUACCUAUACUCUGCCUUUACCAAGAUCCCAUGUCUGCGUUUAGCCCCCGACCGUCGUGCCCGUCUGAUCCGUGGUUACGAAGAAUUCCCUUUCGAUACCGCCGUUCCGCUCCAUUCGUUUAAAAACCUAAGCGCCUUGGAGAUCAUCGAUAUUGACUUCCGCUCCUUCUUUGGCUGGGACAGACUUUCAGAACAGCUGCGUACACUAACGAUCAAGCGGGCAAAUAUCGAAGAUCCCGCGGAUCUGCUGACCGGGAUUGUGCUGGACGAUAUUGACAAGCGUCGCCGGCGAUCGUCCAAACACCAGAACUCCCCUGUCAUGGGCUGGAGUGGAGGUACUCAUCCCCAACCUGUCAACAGGGGUGGGCUCACCGGUUCCAUUUCAGCCCCCGGAUCCCCCGUCACAGACACCGCGUUUGGAACAAGCACCAGCCCCCAAGCAGCGUCCAUGAUCAGACUAGGAUCCGAAGGUACAAAACCUCGUACCCGCGCCGGAAGUAUCUCCCCUUCACGCCCGGCAAGCUCGAAACACUCUACCUAUCGACACAGCCGCGGUCAGUCCGCGCGGAUCAGACGGACCGGGUCAGGAAGCUCGAACUCGAGUGAAAACUCGGGAUACCGGACCGGAAGCUCUUCCAAUCUACUAGCUACCGUCCUUCCUCCAUCCAAAUGGCGCUUCCUACGACACCUGGGUCUUCCAGACAACUCUCUUACCUCUGUCUCUGCUGCAGGCCUUGCUCCUGUCGCGAACACUCUGCAUUCCCUGGAUUUAUCGGCCAACCUCUUCACCGAGGUCCCCGAUAGUCUAGCGUCGCUGGUUGCUCUGAGAGCUUUGAACCUCUCCAGUUGUAUGAUAGAGUCCCUCCACUCCCUCUCCCGCAACCCUCUCCCCGCCAUAACCGCCCUUAACCUACGGGCGAAUCGCCUUCGUUCCCUCGCUGGCAUCGAACGCUUGCUGUCCCUUGAACGGUUGGACCUUCGCGAUAAUAAUCUGUCUGACCCGACAGAGAUUGCCAGACUCACCAACCUCCCUGAAAUACGAGAGAUUUGGGUGUCUGGGAACCCUUUCGUUAAGACACAUUCUAACUACCGCGUUGUGAUCUUCAACCUGUUCCGCCGUACCCCUGGGUACUCGGAAGAUAUCAUUAUCGAUGGAUCCGGUCCUGGAUACACUGAGCGGAAGCAGUUGGUUGACAGGGUUGCGGAGCCAGAAGCUGGCCCAGUUAUCCGAUUGAAUGCCGCUGAUACAUCUGCUCUGGUCAGCAAGCCCUCCGCUGCGCCGCCAGCACCAGCUGCCUCUACGUCUCGAUCGGGUCAAGAUCUCGACAAAGGACAAAUUGAGCGGCUAACACUGAAUGACUACGGCGCUGGAUCUAGCCGUAAAAAGAAGAGUCACCGGCGGAGGAUUGUUGACCCAUCUGGAACGCCUUCCAUUGAUGGUAAUGGAGAUUCAGGUGCGGUGGUACCUUCUGUCCUUCCUGUUCAGCAUGUACAAUUGCCCAUUGAUCCGUUUGUUUCGUCGCCUACCGAGAAUCAAUGGAAAUCUGAUGGCGGACCUCAGGCCGGAUCCUCGAAACCCUCCAACCCCGGAACAACAAGCAGGGAUCAAGAUACCCCCGCGCUGCCAGUGAAUGAUCUUUUCGCCCUGCAGCGUGCGCUGCAAGGUCUCGAUUGGGAUGUAGAGGGUGAACUCUACAAGCAACGGCUUGCAACUCUUCAGCAAGAAGUGGGCAGUAGCUUCCUCGCAGUCCUCGAGCAACAUGCGUGGUCCAACAGACAGAGAGAUAUCGCCGUUCCUCGUCUUGGAACCAACCUCACUGAUUCAGCUCGGAUAUCCCCGGAGUCUCUGGCGAGAGCAAACAGUCAGCCUAUCUUGAGCGGUGGCCAUCCCAUUCUUUAA